AUGACAAUGAAAAACUACAGUGCUGUCAGCGAGUUUAUUCUUCUUGGACUGUCUACUGACCCCUACAUUCAGCCUCUACUGUUUGUAUUCUUUCUUCUGAUAUAUCUCCUCACUCUGAUGGGGAAUUUCCUGAUGCUGCUGGUGAUCACAGCCGAUUCGUAUCUCCACACACCCAUGUACUUCUUCUUGAGACAACUGUCCUUCCUGGACCUCUGCCACUCAUCUGUCACAACUCCUAAGAUGCUGGAGAAUCUCCUUUCUGAAAGGAAAACCAUCUUUGUGGAGAGCUGCUUGGCUCAGGCCUUCUUUGUGUUUGCCACUGGUGGCACAGAGGCCUGUCUGCUGGCUGCCAUGGCCUAUGACCGCUAUGUAGCUAUCAGUUCCCCUCUGCUCUAUAGUCAGGUGAUGAGUAACCAGCUCUGUGUUGGGUUGGUAUGGGUCUCCUGGGUCCUGGCUUUUGUUGAUGCUCUCAUCAAUAUCCUCAUGGCUAUCAAUUUAGACUUUUGUGAGGACCAUACUAUUCCCCACUUCAGCUGUGAGCUGUCUUCUCUCUUCCUUCUAUCUUGUUCCGAUACCUCGAUCAACUUCACACUCCUGCUCUGCUCUUCUGUCUUGCAUUUCUUUGGAACCCUUGUUAUGAUAGUUUCUUCCUAUGCCCGUAUUGUCUCUACCAUCCUGAGGGUCAGCUCCAUCACAGGUAGAAGCAAGGCCUUCUCCACCUGUUCCUCCCACCUCAGUACUGUGAUCUUGUUCUAUGGAUCAGGUUUCAUCAGCUACCUUUUACCAUCUUCAGGCUCUGCUCUGGAAAUGUUCUUCUCUUUGCAGUACAGUGUGAUCAUUCCCAUGCUGAACCCCCUCAUUUAUAGCUUGAAGAACAAGGAAGUGAAGGUAGCUGUGGGAAGGAGAGUCAGAAAAUAUUUUCAUUUGCUUAUGUAA